UUAAACAUUGCAACCACAAUUAUGUUGAAAUUCAUUCGUGGAAAAGGUCAACAGCCAACUGCUGAACGGCAACGAUUACAGAAGGAGCUCUUCGCAUAUCGAAAGACAGCUCAACAUGGUUUUCCGCAUAAACCAUCUGCUCUGGCUUAUGACCCAAUAUCAAAGUUGAUGGCUAUUGGUACGCAAACAGGAGCUAUAAAAGUUUUCGGACAACCUGGCGUUGAACUUUACGCGCAGCAUACCUUGACUAAUAACUUGGCAUCGGAAUUGAACGUACAACUACUUGAAUGGGUAUAUGGUAGUGGCCGUAUACUCUCGCUGACUGCUGCUAAUCAACUUACAUUAUGGGAACCUGCGGGUACAACUCUUGUGCCCCUCAAAACUCUACCUUUUGAUGGAAAACUAAAGAAAGUAUCUUCAUUAUGUUGUUCGAUCAAUAAAGAUCUUGUGUGGAUUGGUACUGAAGGCGGAAAUAUAUACCAAUUGGAUUUAAAAUCAUUUUCUAUUCUGGAGCCUGUCAUUUAUCAUGAUGUAGUUUUGGAACAGGUGCCAUCAACGUAUAAACUAAAUCCGGGAGCUAUUGAAUCUAUACGCCAGUUACCAAAUUCACCGAAUAAACUUCUUAUCGCAUACAACCGCGGUCUCUGCGUAUUAUGGGAUUUGGGCGAGUCGGCUGUUGAACGUGCCUAUGUUGCGCCUGGCCAUGGUCAAAGUGUGGGACUCUAUGUAAACACAAAAGGCAAUGAAUUUAAUUGGUACCAUGCGGAUGGCUCCUAUGCUACUUGGAAUAUGGAAAGCGAAAAUCCACCACAAAAUGUGAACUAUGUGCCCUAUGGUCCAGAUCCAUGCAAAAGCAUAAACCGUCUAUUUAAAGGAAAGCGCGGAAUAAGUGAUAUAAUCGUUUUUUCUGGUGGUAUGCCUCGUUCCGCCUAUGGUGAUCAUAACUGCGUUUCGGUACAUGCCAGUGAUGGACAUAAAGUUUGCCUUGAUUUUACUUCCAAAGUAAUUGAUUUCUUUGUUACAUAUAAGGAAGAUAGUGAGUCUGUCCAGGUACUGAUUGUCUUACUCGAGGAAGAGCUUUGUGCUUAUGAUCUUACCGAUGCUAAAGUUUCUUCAGUGAAAGCCCCUUAUUUGCACUCGGUUCAUGCGUCUGCAGUAACUUGUAAUUACCUGGCAUCAAUGGUCUCGCACGAGGUAUAUGAACGAAUUUUGCGUGCUGGCGAUGAACAGGAUUUAGACUAUAGCAGUAUUGAUUGGCCUAUUACGGGAGGUGUGCUUUCGGAAGAUGACGUCCCACAGUCUAAUGACAAUAGCAUAGAGAUUUUGUUAACUGGCCACGAGGAUGGUUCAGUAAAGUUUUGGAAUUGUUCUGGAGUAAUACUAAAGCCGAUUUAUAAUUUCAAAACGGCAAAUAUAUUUGGACAUGAUAAUGAGGAUGAUGUUCCGGUAGACAGUAGCAAUGAUCAACUUGAUGAGGGGGAGCCACCGUUCCGUAAAGCUGGCUUGUUUGACCCUUAUUCUGAUGAUCCACGUUUAGCCGUUAAAAAAAUUGCACUAUGCCCGACCACCGGUCAGCUUAUUGUGGGUGGCACUGCUGGCCAGAUUGUCAUAGCAGAUUUUCAAGGGGAUCAAAAUGAACAUGGAAUAUUUAAGGUUAUGUCUAUGAACUUGGUCAGCGAUCGAGAUGGCUUUGUAUGGAAAGGCCAUGAUCAGCUUAACGUCCGCGCCAAUUUAAUAGAGAAACACUCUUUAGCGAUUAGUGAGAAUGGUGUGAAUAUUACAGGUGUACUCCAAGUACUCCCACCAGCAAGUAUUACUUGUUUGGCAUUAGAAGCUAAUUGGGGUGUGGUCUCCGGCGGAACUGCUCAUGGACUAGUAUUGUUUGAUUUUAAAAACUUUGCUCCGGUAUUCCAUCGAUGCACACUUAAUCCAAAUGAUAUGACUGGUGCAGGUGAACAGCUUUCCCGUCGAAAGUCGUUUAAAAAAUCACUAAGAGAAUCAUUCCGAAAGCUACGUAAAGGAAGAUCAACUAGGAAUAAUCCAAGUAAUACGGUUCCAACCACGUUAGAAGCGCGUCCAGUUGAGAGGCAAAUUGAGGCGCGUUGCACGGAUGAUGGCAUGGGAUCCAUGGUACGCUGUUUACUAUUUGCUAAAACGUAUAUAACCAAUGUAAACAUUACUUCGCCUACUUUGUGGUCAGCUACAAACUCCAGCACAGUUUCUGUAUUUCUUCUACACUUACCGCCAGCAAUGACUGCAGCCACAACAGUACCACCCGCAAGCGGAAAUACAACUCCGCAGUCGCCUCGCCGUAUAUCUGCGCAAUUAGCCAAAGAAAUUCAGCUUAAGCAUCGCGCACCUGUUGUUGGAAUUUCUAUAUUCGACCAAACUGGCUGUCCUGUUGAUCAAUUAAGUGCCGGUGAAAAUGGCUCACCACCACAUCGAGUUUUAAUUGCCUCUGAGGAACAAUUUAAGGUUUUUUCGCUUCCACAAUUGAAACCUAUCAACAAAUAUAAGCUUACUGCUAAUGAGGGAGCCCGAAUACGCCGUGUGCACUUUGGAUCGUUUACAUGUCGUGUGCCACAUGAGCUUUUACAAAGUCUUAAUGGGAACAGUCCCACAAAAUCAACGCGUUCAUAUGAAGGUGGCGAUGGAGGUCAUAAUGCAAGUAUUUCGCCAAUAUCAAAUGAUAGUGAGCUGUACCAUGAAAUGGCGUUGAUUUGUUUGACGAAUAUGGGCGACAUUAUGGUACUGUCGGUACCUGAGUUAAAACGUCAAUUGAAUGCAGCGGCAGUACGGCGAGAAGAUAUAAAUGGGAUUUCAUCACUAUGUUUUACCAAUAGCGGUGAGGCUUUGUACAUGAUGUCGUCAUCCGAACUGCAACGAAUAGCUUUAGCCACUUCUAAAGUAGUGCAACCAACGGGUGUGGUUCAAAUUGAGCCACUUGAAACCGAGGACUCAACCGUGCCAAUUAAUGAAGAGGAUGACACCGAUAACGAAAAUGAAACAAAUGGCGAUGGAAACGUCAUCGGUAAUGGUGCUGGGAUGCUAGAACCACCAGUGGCUCAGCAACGCUCCAAGCCGCUACAACUAAACGUUGACAGCAAUGUUGUUUUAACAGCAAAUGGACUUAGCAGAGGCAGUUCACCCAACCGUGCCAACGAAACUAUCACCAGUUCUAUAGGUGACAUUACUGUUGACUCUGUGCGCGAUCACUUGAAUACUACGACAACAACGCUAUGCUCUACAACUACAGAGGAAACAGUCGGUCGUUUAUCGGUUCUCAGUACGCAAACAAAUCAAAGCACUACCAGCGUCAAUAUAAAGGACUUACCAAUCUUAAAUAUACCCAAUUUAGUGGAUAUUACAUCGAAAAGCAACACUAACGAAAUAAGUACUAGCUCAGUAGUGAUCAAAUCGGUCAUAACGAGCAUAUCACAUGAGAAGACAAAUGGCGAAAGCGAAAAUUUGAAGACGACUAAUGUUACAACACAUGAGGAAAGUCAAUUUUAGAAAAAAUGGAAGGAGUACGAAUGAGAUGAACCCACGUUGAUCUAUAAUAUAUUGGGUUUACAUAUUAACAUUAGUUGUAUGUAUACACCAUAAGUAUGAAGACAAUUUUAAUUGUACACAAGAGAACAUUCGAUUUACAAGUUUAACAAAUUUAUAAUUUCGUAUUUGUAAGUAUUUAAGUAAUAAGAUAGCAAGAACAGAAUCAAAAAUGGGUUCUUAACAAUUUCUAUUAUUAUUUAUGUGUAUUGUCUUGACAAUAGCUGAAACGCUUUUAGACAAAAUAUUAUUGAAAUUUUGAAACAUAUAUCGAUAAAAGAUUAAAUUGUUGCCUUAUAUCAGGGACCACAUUGCUACUGAUUUUAUACAAGUAUUGAACAAUCACAGGUAUAAUUGCAAAAUAUAUACAUUCCUUUUUCCUAUCUACGGUAAACAUAUCUAUUUUUACACCCCACAUUUUAUAUUUCUUGACUUAUAGUAUUUUUAUAUGGUUAAUGCAAUAAAUGUUAAU